GGGCCUGGGGUGGCGCUGAGUCUGGCCUGGGAGUGGACUCUGCGGGGCCAGGGCUCAGCCUGUGUGGGUCUCGCUCACCACUUGGCUCGCUCUGCACCAGCGCCUUCGCAGUGCCCAGAGUGCGACCGGGCGCGAGCAGGCGGUGUCCGGGUCGACCCGUCGGGUGUCUGGCUGCCAUGGCCACCUUCGCGGGCCUGCGGGCCUUGGCGGCGAAGGGGCCCGGCUGGCUCCCGCGCAGCCCCUGGGCCCUGCUCCCCGCUGGCUUUUGCAGCGGGGGUCCAGGGGCGUCCGGGCGGCGCGAGUCGGAGUCGCAUCUCACCAGUACGCGGCAGCAGGACGGCAUCAGGCGCAUUGUCUUGAGCAAUCCGAAGAAGAGGAAUGCACUGUCACUCGCAAUGCUGAAAUCUCUCCAAAAUGAUAUUCUUCAUGAAGCUGAAAGCAAAGAUCUGAAAGUCAUUAUCAUUUCAGCUGAGGGACCUGUGUUUUCUUCUGGACAUGAUUUAAAGGAACUAACAGAAGAGCAAGGUCGUGAUUAUCACACUGAAAUAUUUCAGACCUGUUCCAAGGUCAUGAUGCUGAUCCGGAACCACCCAGUUCCCAUCAUUGCCAUGGUCAAUGGCUUGGCCACAGCUGCUGGUUGUCAGCUGGUUGCCAGCUGUGACAUCGCCGUGGCAAGUGACAAGUCCUCUUUUGCCACUCCUGGAGUGAACGUUGGGCUCUUCUGCUCCACCCCCGGGGUAGCCCUGGGGAGAGCGGUGCCCAGAAAGGUUGCCCUGGAGAUGCUUUUCACUGGGGAGCCCAUUUCGGCCCAGGAGGCCAUGCUCCAUGGGCUGCUUACCAAAGUAGUGCCAGAGGAGCAGCUGGAAGAGGAGACCAUGAAAAUAGCAAAGAAGAUUGCCUCUGUAAGCCGCCCUGUGGUGUCUUUGGGCAAGGCCACCUUCUACAAGCAGCUGUCCCAGGACCUUAGAACAGCCUACAGCCUCACCUCCAAGGUCAUGGUGGACAACCUGGCAAUGCAGGAGGGGCAGGAGGGAAUCAAGGCCUUCAUGCAGAAGAGAAAACCCACCUGGUCACAUUGAGCCAGCAGUAACAGAGGAAUGGAGGACUGAGUCUAGUAGGGGAGGGAGAAGCACUCAGGAAGCACCCUCAGGCCUCACCUCUGACUCCCAACCACCUCUACUGCUUCCUGCUUGUAACAGAAGACAGCAUGCUUUUAGAAUGCUGGAGUGGUUUCACAGCAUGCGGUUUGAAUUAACAGCCAUGAUUCCAUGGGAAAGGAUGAUCAGUGGCAAGUUAGGGAGCACCCAUGAUGGGCCAGCUGUGGCAGAAAGCCUGGCAUCUGACUGACUCCUUCAUAGCGCCUCAAGUGAGGGACCACCCCUACGUACAAGUUGAUGAUCAGGUGGGGCACGAAGGAAGGAUGUCAGCCUGACCCUCAUCAGCAAUGUCCUCUAAGACAGUCACUUCUUGUAGUUCAUGACAGGUGAAAUAUUUCAAAUCUCCAUGAGAUGUUCAUGCUGAAAAAUCUUGAUUCUACCUGGAAAUAAUCAGGCCUGUGGCUUUGGAAUAAUCUUACAUGAUUUAAAUAAAUUAAAUAUUUAUAGAGA